CAUGACGCCACGGGCAAAAACAAUAUUGUCUCAUGUCUAGCUCGGAUUAAAUGUCAAGACAGUAUACACAUGAACUCGAUCUGAUACACAGUCGUUAUUGUGGAAACCAAAUAGAGCGACAGGGUUAGGUUCGGCUUAUGCUUUUAUAGCCAGUGGUUGUACACGUGUUGUUGACUCUUCGAUGCUGUUUACGUUUGUUAGCAUACGGGGGCUAGCCUGAAGCUAGCUAGCUGAUAGCUGGAGCUGAAAUGGAGGUGAUUGAUAUCAGUAAAAUCACGCUGGGUUCUGUUGAGUUGACAUUUUAACGUUUGGAAUCGAGUGGAUUUCAGUUUAUUCGUUUUAUAAAACAGCUUCAACAGUAACAUGUGUAGCUGGAUAAACACUGCUUUACGACAAUGGCCUAACCCACACAAUAUGUGGUAGAGUUUUCCAUGAGGACAACUCUGUCUGUCCUCCUUGUUGUUUUUUUUACAAACACGCGGAGUCCUGUUUGCUUUUGAGUGCUUUCGAUCGGGCACUGGAAGAGUCUACCAUGUCGCAUCUGGACACUCUGUUAGUGACCUUUCAGACUCAGCUCUCGGACGUUAUGGAGACGGUGGUGAAGACAGCCAUGUACGAGGUGACGAGAUUGGUGGAGGAAGGCUUUUUGGAAGAGGUGAAGCGCAGGGGCCAGGAGGUGGAGUCUCUGAUGAUGCGGCUUCAGUGGACUGAAAAGAAAUUAAGUGAUCAUGAGGCUAAACAUGGAGAAAAUACUGGAAGGUGUGUGGACUGUACCAAGAGGGAUGUGAAACUGUGCACCGCCCCUGCAGGGGAAAUAUCUAAUGAUCAACAAGACGUGUUGAGGGCCUGUGGUGUGAAGGAAGACGACAGUACUGAGAGAUGGACAAGAAGCCACAGACAAGAAGUCAUAGCAGUGUCAGAGCCACAGGAGGAGGAUGAUCCUUCACAAACUCCCAGCCCUGAGAGGCAAACACAGGUAUGUCCUCUUCAGGCAGCAGAAGAAAAAGAGGACGUGGUAACUGCUGUGGAUGUGAAGAAAGAGGUUGUUAAUACCCCGUCUUGUUCAUCUGUGCAUUUAGGAGGGUGGAGCAGUACUCUUGAUGGCAAGGUAGGAAUUGAAUCCCAAAGCACACCCGAGCUGACAGAGAUGCAACUGAAACCGAGUCAUGAAAACAGUGAGGAAGUAUUGAGGAAUAUGAUGAAGCAAAGCCCACAGAUAUCACCUGGCUUCGGCUUUCCUGAAGAAAUGGAGGACACUCGCAUGCCUGCAGAACUAUCAGAUGUCUCAUCUUUGGAAAUGGACACUGGCUGGUCUGGGCUUCUGCAGAAUCACACACUUGGGCCUGAGGAUGAUCACGAUUCAGGGAAUAUGACAGGUUCUCUGAAGUGUACGGAACACGAGCUGUCUGAGUCUGUACUCUCACAUGUCCAUGCUCAGGUUACUCCAGACAGAGAUCAGAAUUCUACUUCAGGAAUGUCAACCACAUCGUUGGGUGUGACAAUAAAACAGGAGGUAAUUGCUGAUUCUGACGGGUGUGAGGAAGGUGAGUGUAUGAAAAAGAAGGAAAUGCCAAAGUCUAGCAUCUCAUGCUCAGUAAAACAGCACAGGCCCAACUCAGCAGCACACAAACGGAACCACAUUUCCCAUAAAGCCACAGUGCAGGAGGUCAUGAAGCUGCAUCCCAAAGCAACUGCAGGUCUCAAAUUGCAAGCGGCUAUACAGCACCUCCACCGACCGAUGAGAAAAAACCCUCAGACACUCUCAAACAAUACCACAGUAGCAUUAUCUAGAGCUCAUUCUCAAGUUGGGAACCCAAAUCCUCUCAACAGAUGUCCCUCCACAUUCAAAUCCUCUCUGCCUCCUCCACUCUCAGCACAGCGGGUUCACCUGAGCGACAAACAAGCUGCCGCACUCAGCAGAACUGCUGCCCCCUGGGUCGGCAACAGAUCCCAGCAUCAGUCUGCCAACUCCCAGCAUGUCGACCACAUACUCCAUCCAGACUCUCAUGCAGGCCCCAGGCACGUCCUGCGCUGCAGCCAGUGCGGAAAGUGCUUUCCUCACCCCAGCAACCUGAAGGCUCACCUGCAGACUCACACAGGGGAGCGGCCUUUCUGCUGCUCCCUCUGCGGUCGCAGCUUCACCAAGCUGAGCAACCUCAAAGCUCACCGGCGGGUCCACACUGGAGAGAGGCCGUAUUGCUGCUUGGCGUGUGGCAAGCGCUUCACACAGAAAUGUAACCUGAAACGUCAUCAGAGGAUCCACCUGGAUGUAUGAUGGUCGAACAACCACGGACAAAAAAAAAUACUUAAAAGUCAGUGUGUGUUUCUGUGAGAAGAGGAUUUAACACCGUUUCUUGUGCAUUGUAAUGCAGUCACUGUGAUACACUGCGAAAAUGCUUCUUGUGUACUUGUCUUUUGAAGUGAUUUCUGUGCAUUCCAGAAAGUUUCAUCGAGAAACAAACUGCUGAAGGUGUUUUAAUGUAAUGUACGGACAAAAAAGGUCAUGUGCUGUGAAAUGUGUUGUGCACAAUGAUAGAGCAACUCUCACUUUUUGUCAAUAAAAUGUUAUUUAUUCUGUGAUUGCUAAUAA